UCGGUGAGUGCCGCCGGGCCAAACUUUCUCCCCCCGCCGCGGUGCCGGCGCUCGUUCCGGUGUCGGCGCCGCGCCCCCAUGAGCUCCGUAGCGCGGCGUUGUCGGUACGCGAGCGGAGCUCCGCGCGCCCCUUUGUGCGCUCCGGGCUGCCGUGCGGAGGAGAAGGGCCGGAGAAAAGUUUGCCCGGCCUGCUUGCGGCGUGCGCCCGGAGGGAGGGAGGCAGGGAACCGGCAGCAUGGCGACCGGUGCCGCGGGGCGCUGCGGCUCAACGUGCAGUCGCUGCUCUUUCCCUUUUUUCCCUCUUUAUUUUUUUUUUCAUCCCCAUCCUUUUUUUUUUUUUUUUUUUUUUCCUCAAUCGUUAAUUCUGCUCUCCCUCUUUCCUCACCGCCUCCCCAUCUCCGGGCCGCGGGAGGAGGGAGCCUUCCUGCCUGCGGCAGCGCCCGCCGGGCGGAAAGCGAUGCUAACAGUAAUACGGAAAGCGGGGGGGGUCGGGGGGGCCGCCUGUCCCGGGGCUGAGCACCGAACCCGGAGGGCGCGGCGCGGCGGCGGCGUCGGAGAACGCUGGGAAUGGAGGUGGAAAGAUGGAGGAGGGCGGGCGGGGGGCGGCCCCGGGGCUGGCGGUGGUACUCGAAGGCGCAGCGGCGGGGAUGGCUCCGGGCGGCAGCGCAGCGGGCCUCCCCCCCCCCCCCCGCCCCUCCUCUCGGGGUUCGGCCCGGGCUCUCCCAGCGCUGCGGCCCGCGGGGUCCCGUGGCCGCCUCCGUGCGCUCCGGGGCUGACGCGCGUCGCCCUUUUUGUUGAGGGGAGCGCGGGUGGAACGUUCCUGCAGCGAUCUUCGUUUCAGAGGAGCCGAAGAAAUAGCGGCAGCCGGCGUUCCGAGGGCACGUCCAUUGUUCUGCCGGCGCUCUGCGUUCCUACCCCCGUGAGCUGCUCAGUAGGAGCCGGAGAAAUUCUGCUAAGUGUGAUUCACAAAACUUUGCUUCCAUCCUUCUCUUGCUCAAUCACAAAGCAGCCCAUGGCAGCAUUAGGCUAGAAGCAGAGUUUUCUGCUCCUGUGGGCCCAAACCCGCUCUGAACAGCACCAGGGUUGGGUUUUCUGCCCUUUUCUCCUGCAGGAGCUGGGUUGGAUGGAGCUGGUUGGGAUGCGGGUUGCUGAACCCGGUGCUGAUUCAUUGGACAUGGUUUCUUGGCCCGUGUUGUGCAGAGAAGCCGUGCUCCGUGUUCAUAAGGGUGCCUUUGUUCCUAGAAGGGUUUUGCAGCAGGGCUCUCCAAGUUCACAGAGCAUAAGUUGUGCAUACAAAGCAAACCUACUAAAGGCUCUGCGUCUGUCUUCAUCUGGGAACAGGUGUGAUGAGCAGAUGUAUUUGUGUUCAGGAUUGCAUGGGCUAAAGAGAUCUCUUCGUUUCAUCUGGAGAGCCCAAUGAACCUGAACAGAGCUUGGAUCUGCCACGCAUACACCGUACAUGCCUCUCAUGUGCCGAGCUGCGGGCAGUGUGGCAGUGGCUCAGGGCUCAAUGCCUUUCUCAGACCAAGGGUGACUUUGUGUUGGUCAUACGGGGGCACCUUCUGCCUGCUGGCGGGUCCUAGGGGGUUGUUAUGGCAGACCUUCUAUUGCAGGAAACCCCCACUUUGAGUCUUUAGCAGGGAGAACUGUGCUAAUGCAUCACCCAGACUGCGUCGGUGGCUGUUCUGCAAAGUGCCCCCGAGCCCUCCUGGACGGUGCUGGGACAGCUGCUGGCAGCCUCGGGGCAGGGCUGUGAGUAAUGCUGCUCCUGUAGUGCAUGGGGGGGGAUGAGAGCUGAGGUGCCACUGAAAUAGUGACCCGGUCUGGUUUGAUCCAGCACGCCAAACAGACAAGAAUCCGGUUAUUUUAGUUAGUUCAGGUCUAGACAAACCAAAAUAUGUACACAACGGGAGUGCAGCUACAAAGCGAGCUCGGCCGUUCCUCUAGCAGGGAGUUAGGUCAUGUUUCAAAACAAUGACUAAGUGCUCUAUUUUAACAGAUUAUUUUGCAAGUAGAAAAUACACAAAUGCGACACAUCCAUACCUGAUAUGGCCAGAAAGCUUCGUUCCCCUGGAGCUGUGUUUGCUGCCAGUGCUGCUCCUUGGUGGAGUUUGUGAACAACAAACUGUUUAUGCGAGCUUUAUUAAACUCCAACGUAUUUCUGCUGGCACUUUUGAUGGGAUGCACAACUUCAGUCGGCAUCCCUAUGGGUUUUUGCUUAGAAAUGUGCAUCGGCAAAGCAUGAGAUGAAGGCAUGUGGGAGUCAUAACUCACAGAGCAGAGCUCCUGCAGCACCUAUGGGAGCUCAGGCAUGAGAAGUGCCAGAAGGGGGGAUUUUAUAGGGCUGUUUCUUUGCCACUCCCCAUGGAUGAAGCUGCCCCCAGAGCCCUCCUUGGGCAGCUGCUCAGUAACCCGCUUGGAGGCGGUUCCUCCCAGCACUGCAGAGUGCCUCAGGACGGUCAGGAUUACCUCCUUCCUGUUCCCGAGCUGGCUUUGUGUACCAGCACUCAGCAGUGGAUACGACAGCCCUGCAGCUGACCAUGCAUUCUACAGAUGUAACUGGCUGGAGAGCUCCCAGCCCCACUACGGCUGUUCCUUACAUGUCAGUGAAGUGCAUCGAUGUAAGGAAAAACCACCACAAGACCAAGUGGCUGAUGCCCUGGGGACCCAACCACUGUGAGAAGCUCAAGGACUUUGAUGAGGCGGUCAGCAGGCAGAUCGAGGCCAACGACAUCGUCUUCGCUGUGCACAUCCCUCUCCCCAGCAAGGAGAUGAGCCCCUGGUUCCAGUUCAUGCUCUUCAUCAUGCAGCUGGACAUUGCCUUCAAGAUGGACAAUGACCUGAAAGAGAAUGCAGAAAUUACCCUGGAUGUGUCCUUAGCGUAUCGUGAUGACAUGUUUAAUGACUGGGAAGAAAUAGCGCAUGCAAUAGAGAUCAGGAAGCUGAAAUGCACCUUUGGCUCCCCAAAAACCCUGGAGUCCGAGGGCCGUCACUACGACUGCGACUUCCUUCCCUUCAUGGAGAUCGGCAGCGUGGCUCACAAGUACUACCUCAUCAACAUCCGCCUGCCCGUGAACGAGAGGAAGGGCAUUAAUGUGGGCAUCGGGGAGAUCAAGGACAUCCGCCUGGUGGGUAUCCACCAAAACGGAGGCUUUACAAAAGUGUGGUUUGCCAUGAAGACCUUCCUGACGCCCAGCAUUCUGAUCAUCAUGGUGUGGUACUGGAGGCGGAUCACGCUGAUGACGCGCGCUCCUGUCCUGCUGGAGAAGGUCAUCUUUGCUCUGGGAAUUUCCAUGACGUUCAUUAACAUCCCAGUGGAGUGGUUUUCCAUCGGGUUUGACUGGACGUGGAUGCUGCUCUUUGGAGACAUUCGGCAAGGCAUUUUCUACGCCAUGCUGCUGUCGUUUUGGAUCAUCUUCUGCGGGGAGCACAUGAUGGACCAGAACGAGCGGAACCGCCUCUCGGGGUACUGGAAGCAGGUUGGACCCAUAGCUGUUGGCUCCUUCUGCCUCUUCAUCUUCGACAUGUGUGAGAGGGGAGUGCAGCUGAAAAACCCCUUCUACAGCAUCUGGACCACCGAGGUUGGCACAGAGCUGGCCAUGGCCUUCAUUAUAGUCGCAGGAAUUUGCUUGUGCCUCUAUUUUCUCUUCCUGUGUUUUAUGGUCUUCCAAGUGUUCAGAAACAUCAGUGGAAAGCAGUCCAGCCUGCCAGCAAUGAGCAAGGCCCGCCGCCUGCAUUACGAGGGGCUGAUCUUUCGGUUCAAGUUCCUGAUGCUCAUCACCCUGGCUUGUGCAGCCAUGACAGUCAUUUUCUUCAUCGUGAGCCAGGUGACAGAAGGCCACUGGAAGUGGGGGGACAUCACAAUACAGGUGAACAGUGCCUUCUUCACCGGCAUCUACGGGAUGUGGAACCUCUACGUCUUUGCACUCAUGUUCCUGUAUGCGCCGUCACACAAGAACUAUGGAGAGGACCAGUCGAAUGGUGACCUGGGGGUGAGCAGCGGGGAGGAGCUGCAGCUCACCACCACCAUCACCCACGUGGACGGCCCCACAGAGGUUUACAAGCUGGCUCGCAAGGAGGCUCAGGAGUGACACGGAGAUGUGGGGUGCAGCGGCGGGCACAGGACGACACAAUGCCCUCCUGCAGGAGCCGUGUCUGACGUACCUUGCCUUUUGAGCACCACAGCUCGUGUAUUUCCACAGAGCAGUGACACUGAGCAGAACAUUUGUAAACUUUAAUAUGGUGUAGUUAUUUCCGGGGGGAGGGCUGUGUAUAUUGUGUUACUCUCGAGCACAUAAAUAUCUGCUAGAAAAGCAUUAACGUCGCAAAGUCGCACCUUCAGGUGCUGGGAGGUGGCAGACCUGACCUCGAGCAGUGUUUGUUGGGCAGCACGAAGCACUUCUGCUCUUCUCCUUCUGUGCGACCUCAAACAAGGGCUCGGGCUGGCCUGGAGUUAAUGCCUUAUUUGUCAUAGAAUCAUUAGGGUUGGAAAAACUCUAAGCUCAUCAGAUCCAACCACUGACCCAUCCCCACAGUGCCCAGUAAAACGUUAAUGGCUGCCUUUUUCAGCCAUCUACAAUCAUAUUGAGCCACGUCUGAGGUCUGUGUUUCCCCCUGCAUCUCCACAGCGGUGCUGUGCCACUUGGAUGAGACGCAGCUGGGGCUGAGGGUGGGCUGUGGUGUUUAAGUGCCAGAAGAACAUCUCUGCUCCAUCAGUGGGCUGCACAGCUGUUAGUUAAACACAGGGGAAUGUGAAAACCAGACUGCAGGAGCGGUGUGUGCUCCUGCCCCAGUGCUCACCGAUCUGAGCCGUGGCGUUGGAUGCCCCGCUCCGGGUGAAGGCACUCACGUGCUGCUGUGUCUGGAUGGCUGAAAUCUCCGUAGCACAGCAGUGCUGAAUGCUGCUCACGGAAGUCCCUUGGAUGGGUUUGGAUACUUGAAAUGGAACGCUAACUGUUUUGGUACGUUUGUGUUUUUGUGAGCUGGGAUGCUGGUGCUCCUGUACUCCCAGUGCAAGCGCUGGGGCCUUCAGCACGGGUGCCAUGUGCCAUGUGCUGAAGGACACAAGUGCUAGGCAGGGCGAGCAGGAUGUAUGGCAGCAGAUCUGUCACACAGAGCAGCCCCGGCUCCUGCAUCUCCCUCGGCUGAGCGCUCGACUUUGCAACUUUAAUGUUCUUCUUAUGCUGGGUUCUUAUGUGAUCUUUAUGUUGUUCCCAUAGACGUGCCCGUGGUUUCUUUUACAGUGUAGUAUAGCACUGCAUCUUUGUAAAGGCUCUUUACAAACGGGGCAUUGCAGCUUUAAAACCAAACUUUGUGUCAAACACUAACAACUCGUUUAUGGGGUGUGGGUACGUGUGAGCUGUGUGUGUGUGUGUGUGUGUCUCCUUUUUAUUUCUUACUUCCUAAGCCCUACUCAUAGGUCUCAGAAAUAGCCCCUGGGUCUUAUUAAAGUAUAUCCUUUUUUUUGUGUGUGUGUGUGUAGGUUGAGUUCACUUUUUACAGAAUGCUUUUAAGCAACCUGGAAAACGUGUAGAUUUGUUAAUUUAAAUAAAACAUACAACGUUGUGGUU